GCGCUGCUAAAACCGCUUCUCGGUCUCUUAUCUUCGGUUGCGAGAAAUUAAAGGAAAAAAACCCACACGCUUUUCAAUUACACCUGUUCGUCCGUAAGAAAAUGUUCGUAACAACAAUACAAGCAUGACGCACCAGAAUCACCAAACUAACGGCGCCAGUUUGGAAGAUUGCCACACAAACUUCUUCGCUUUGACCGACCUGUGCGGUAUAAGAUGGCGUCAAUUGGUGCUCGGUGAGCGGCCGAAUGCGGCCGGCGAUCCGCUCGACGAUCCGGUCGUGCGCUCCUACUCCAAAUGUCUCGCCGUCGACAUACUGUGCGUGUGGCGAAGGGUGGUCGCACCCAAGCCAAAGCCAAAACCGGAACCCGACCCGAGCAGCAUGUUCGACAUGAGCAUACCGGGCACCGGUAACAGUGGUUCCGUCGUCCAUCCGCCACUCUCGCUGACCGCCGCCAAGGAGCUGUGGAUCUUCUGGUACGGUGAGGAACCGGACCUGAAGGAUUUGGUCGCACCGGAGCUGCUCAAUUCAUCCGAAACCGGUGACAAAGGCUCCUGGGAGAAUGGACUCUCGUACGAGUGUCGUUCGUUAUUAUUUAAGGCGUUACACAAUGUGAUCGAAAGAUGUUUAUUAUCCCGAGGAUUCGUCCGAAUUGGCCGAUGGUUCGUGCAUCCCAGUUCGAACAGCGAAGGAGUAUUUGGCAAGAGCUCACAUCACGCAUCAUUCUCGUUCACGUUCUUUGUGCACGGCGAUAGUACGGUGUGUACGUCGAUGGAUAUCAGGGAACAUCCACCAGUACGGUUGCUAACUAUGCGCCAUCUCGAAGAGGCACAGCAAGCGCAACAGACUGCUCCGAGUGCCGGUUCGAACGGACCGGCCAGCCCUUCAAUGGCGGGUGUAAACCCUGGUAGUGGAUCAAACACACCCGGUACGCCGGGUGCGCCUGGUGGCGGUGGAAGUGGGGCCGGUGGUGGAUCUGCACCAAUUACCUCGACCGAUGCUCGAGAACCACGGGAGGUGAUACUGGCACCGUUCGGGCUAGCCGGUACGCUGACGGGCCAAAGUUACAAAGCGAGCGAUCCGCACGUCCAGAAGCUGCUCGACGACUGGAGCGCGUUCUAUCCGAUCUCGAACAAGCUCAGCAGCAUGGAGGACGGCUCCGACAAUGUGCCUCCGAUGGUGGAGAUACUCGUGGGGAAGCUUAAGAUGCGCUAUCCCACAAAGUACGUUCUGGUGGCCGACAUGGACGAUUGGACGUCGAACGAUGCGCAGAGCAAUAGUAGUAGUGCUAGUAGUAAUGGUAGUAAUAGUAACAGUAGCAGUAACAGCAAUCAAACCACAACACCGGUCACGGCGAUACCCUCGAUCGCAGCAUCCGUUCUCAGUCGUGCCAACAACAAUAACACUACCGAACGAUCAGCGUCCAGUAGUAGUGGUGGCGGCGGCGGCUCCAUCAACUCAACCAGCAAUCAACUGACGACGAGCAGUAGUGGCAUCAGCAACGGGAAUGGUCCACCAGCUACUAACACUACUACCGCACGCAACAAAGAUUCGCCGACCGAUUGCAGCAGUGCGUCCGGCACAGCAGCACCUUCACCCACCGGUACGCUACGCCAGCGAAAUCACCACAAAUCCAUGAUGACCCCACCGCUAACUGUACCCGAAUCGCCCUCGAACGAUCUCGGCAAUCCGCUCAGUAUGUCGUCGGCGCUGAUCAACAAAUUGCCGGCCGUCAUUCUGCCCGAACGCGUCUGGCAGGACUGCAUCAUGCAUGCGCCCUCCCUGACGACUGCGUCUGCAUCAGCAACAAAUGGUAGUUCUGCUGCCAACGGAAGCCAAUCGACACCCGGCAGUAGUGGUGUCACAAUCAAAACGGAACCAAAGGAUACCAGCAGUAGUGGCGGGGGUAAUAACGCUACCAACACCUCCUCCUCUUCCUCCAUCCAGUCGGUCAACAAUAGUGGCGGCAGUGGUGGUGGUGGUGAUGAAAAUUCAUCCGGUGCUGCAAACGGAGUCGAUGCGAACGGGAACACUUCCGUGUGGGAGAUUAGCGAUCCGACGGUGAAAGUGUCCUGCUGCUGUAUCAAGUGUUGCAAGAGACCACCAUCUUCCUCGUCGUCCACAUCGACGUCGUCGUCGUCGUCCGCUUCGUCGUCCAUGGCAAGUGGACGUCUCACGCAGCAUCAGCAGCAACAGCAGCAUCUCGCGAUCGGAGCAGCAGUAAGCUCCUCUGCAGGAACUCUGUACACUUCCACUCCAUCGUCUGGAGGUGGUGCUGGUGGAGCUGGUGGUAGUUUGGUCCAUCCGAAAUCUUCCUAUUCAAUCACUUACCCUGGUAGUGGUGGUAGCAAUCGGGGUGAGAAGUAUCACCACUACCAUCACCACGGUGUAGGAGGACAAACGAAUAAGGACCAUCACCACCAUCACCAUCACCACCACCGUCCGCAAAGGGUUGCCUUCCACAAGCGACCGCCGCAGGAAGCUCUGUUCCGUCCAGGUUCCAAACCGAUGAGCUUAACUGCUGCUGCCGCACUUGCUGCUUCUGCCGCCGCUGCUGUUGCUGCUGCUGCUGCUGCUGCUGCCGGGUCUACCUCGACGGUCGCCAACGCCGCUGCUUCCUCGCCUGGAGCCGUAUCUUCCGGUGACAGCGCAGCCGAUUCGCUCGAACUGGCCGAUUCGUGCUUAAGGUCAAACCAAAACUGUGCCGCCAACAGCAAUAGUAGUGGUACCGGUGCGUCCAACUCAACAGGCGCAGCGGCCCCCGGCAGUACAACGCCUUACGGUGGACCACCUUCCUACUGUCGGAACCCGAUGUCGAUCGGUGAUUCGCAUCCGCUCCCAUCCGAAGGUUCACCGGCCAGUGCGGCACCUUCACCGAUGCAACCUUCGUCAGUAUCUCAACCAACGUCGGUACCAUCCGGUGAUCAGCUCAUCACAAUGUCUCCCCAUCCACCUGCCUCGAACAAUCCGCGCAGCGUUCAACCCGGUACGCCCUGUUUGGAUCAUCUGGACAAAAACACGCCGGCUCCGACACCAACCGAUCAGCACGACAGUAAAAGCAUCAAUGCAUCGCCUUACCAUACACCUUCCCAUCCGGGUGGUGGUGGUAGUGGUGGUAGCGGUUCGACCGGUAACAGCAGCAGCAGCAACUCCACCGAAGCGCAGCAACAGCAAUCGCAAAGCAUCUCGAAUAUGGGCAAUUCAUCUAGCAGUAGUAGCAGCAACAGCUCCUCCAACAGUAGCUCUCUAAAUGCGCUCAAGACGUCACCCCGGAGUACGCUGUCGUCCGGCAUCGGUAGCCUUAAGGUGCGAUCGGAGUCAUCGCUCGGUGCUGCGGGUGGCGGUAGCUCACUUGGCAGUGGCGGUGGUGUACCGAUGACGCCCAGCAUUCACAGCGUGUACAGUUCGGCACAUCAGACGGCCGUGGCGAACAAUCUGGCCAGCAAGCGAGAAUCGAUACUGCAAAUGUUGCAAUCGUUGAAGCGACCGUCACUGUUUUGCAAGGAUUAUGAGACGUUGCAGAGCGAGGACAUACCAAGUACUUCGCAGCUACUGUACGAUUAUACGUGCGUUGAUGCAUGGAUGAACCAUCCCGUCAAGCGGAUGAGGCUAGCAAUGGAGGAGCAGCGUCUGGUGAAAAAGAUUCGGAAUCUCGAUCUGUAUGCUAACGAGCAUAGUCGCACGAUGACGACCGGGUUUGGCGUUAGUUCUGGUGGCAUCCCAGGAGGCAACAGUGGCGAACGAAUCGGAGCAAACGGAAUGCUAAUGAAGGGAGUAGGAGAUGGAUCUGAUUCCCUUUCGGAAACGCUCGGCGGUCACAACGGUGGUGGUGUAGGUGUCUGUGAUAAUGGCGCUUCGAACAACGUUGCUAGUGGAUGCCCAACACUUCUCGCACACGGACAGAUCAAGAUGGAAAUUGGAUGUGACGGUAGUCAUGGUGGAGUUGGGGGAGUACCAGGAAGUGCCAAUGGAACACCUGAUCGAAAUGGACCAACCUCUGGGAAUGGAGACGGCGCCCUAUUAGGAGAGCAUGAAAUCAAGAAGGAAAAGGAAGAAAAGGGUUCAAUCUUUUUAACGGACCAAGAUCUACAACCAUCGAUAGAUGAUCUGAAUCAGAUCUUUGAUGAUGGUGGUCCGUUUAAUGAUGAUCCUGACCUGCACAACACACCACCCGGUUCAAAUAAAAGCUGCACCGGGAGUGGGGGUUUCUCUGAGGAAAGUAAACGAUUCCCAAGCUCGAACCAUCACUCCGUUAAUAGUGGCAUGUUAAGUCCGAAGGAGCUUUCCCAGAUGUUCCCAACACCGCCGAGUUUGGAUCCACACCCGAACUCUAGCCCUGGUGGAGGUGGUUGUCUUUCCGAUGGUGGAAUUGCAAUCGAUACGCUGGUUGACCUGCAGAUGUCACUAUCGUCGGGAACGGGAAGAGAAGUGGGUAGUGUUGGUCCGGUUCUCCCCAAUCUGGGUAGCCCUCAGGAGGAACCGAUCGAUGAUUGGUCGUUUGUGUUUUUACCGCCACCUAUCUGUCCUUACGUCGGUUCGUCAAAGUAUGCUCCCCUUCCAACGUUGCCGAGUCAGCUUAUAAUACCACAAAUCCCGACGAGUACUAAUCUUGUGUACAAAUCGACCCGUCAAAAGCAGAAGGAACAAGCGGCUGCCGAACGAGAGAAGCAGAAGCUACGCGAACAGGCCGAAAGGGAAAGGGAACAGCAACAGCAACAACAACAAGACCAACAGCAGAACUCGCAGUCUGAGAAUAAUACGCAGAGUUCGGGAGCAAGUGGUGUUACAGGUGGUGGAGGAAUCGGAAUUCCUACUGGUGGCGUUGGGUUAGGAUUACUUCCAAUCAUCAAGCAAGAAGUAGGCAACCUAACGAUACCGCAACCCUUAAGCACUCCAAACUCACUGCUUGGAGGGUUAAACAACCUGAACGGAUCCAUCAACCAUCCAUACUCGAACCCACCGUCACAGGGUGCCCAAUCACAGCCGCACUCGAGACCACCGUCAGUAAACUCGCUUCCUGGUGGAAUCAUUGGAAGCGGCGCAGGAAUGCUUAGUCCUUCGCCAGCCGGUGCCGGUACUUCCGGAGGUCUGUUCCACCCAGCGAUGGGAGGAAUUCCCGUUCCUCUCCGUCAAGGUAUGUCACCCAUAUCACCUGCAACACCUGGCGGAUCGAUGCGAGUACCCACGCCGCAAGGAUCGUGUCCACUACCCUAUCCAUCGCCGCUCGGAGGUGCCGGUCCCGUAGGCAGUCCGAAUCCGAUGGGAUCACUCAACUUCCGUCGCGCCACACCUCUUCUUCCACCGCCACCUUACGAUGUAGCUAUCGCAAGUCCAGCCAAUUCCGUUGCAACGCCUUCCUCGUACCAUAGCAAACAGUUCCCGCUGGAUGGAGUGGACAACAGUGGUGGACCGGGUUCGAACCGUGGUCCUAUGACACCAUCCUCAACGGGAGGAGGACCACUAGGAACAAAUGUUAAUCCACCCCUUUCUUCGACAGGAGUUGGAUGUGCAAGUGGUGUUGGUCCGAACAGUGUUGCACCGGGUACCCGUAGUACCAGUAUCGAAACGAGCGCACUGCUCGUGAAUGUUCUUCUGUACGAUACUGCGCUAAACAUCUUCCGUGAUCACAACUUCAAAAGCUGUACGCUGUGUGUGUGUAAUGCGGGUACCAAGUGUGUGGGUAACAUCCGGGGAGCAGACAGUGGACUGUACCUUGCACUGCCCGGUACGAACUGGAUGGAUUCCGUCACGGCACCAGCGGACAGUGCUAGUAAUAGUGGUAGUGGUGCAGGUGGAGUCGCUCACAGGAGUAAGGCGAACGCGCUCGCCCAUCUCGGACUCAGUGGUGGUGGUGGUAGUGCCUUUGGUGGAAUGUUAGGAUCUCCGGCUGUUGGUGGUUCCAACAGUGACAAAACGAUCACCAUCAAUACGGACAGUCUGCAGAACGGAUAUCUGGAUGAGGAUCCGAUCGAUUGUCAGUGUGGUUUCAGUGCGGUGGUUAAUCGAAGGAUGGCUCACCGGGCAGGGUUGUUCUACGAGGAUGAGAUGGAAAUUACGGGCAUGGCUGAAGAUCCGGCCGUGCACAAGAAGAGUUCCUUGUUUGAGUUUCUCAACGGAACGGCGAAAGCGAUCAAGAUGGAAGAAUCGAAUGCUGGUGGUGGAUCUAAUGGUACGCUGGCCACAACCGGCAGCGGUGCCUCAUCCACGGGUGGCAGUGACAGUUUACCGUUAACGCUCAAAGUGAUGGACUUGCUACGGGAGCAGUGUUCUGUGGUACAAAGUUCUAGCAAUUCUAUUCACCGUGCUGUUAAUCGGUACCGUGGCUCGUUGUUUGGUCGGGGAGCGGAAAAUGGCGCCGUACAUUUGUUGGAGUAUGUGGACGCGAAUGAUGUGAUUAGUUUGGCACUAGAGCAGGGCCGUCUGCAGGCUAUCAACGAGAGCAAGAUGGAUGUGGAUCAACAACAUCAAUCAUCGUCCGCGUGCUCAUCAUCUUCAGCGUCGCCUAGUAGUGGUGCGCUUGUAAAGGGCGGAACAUUGCGAGGAAUUAUGAAUGUUCACAAAUGGCCGUUCCUGCGAGCCGGUGGUCCGAAGAGCAAUCAGGAUAUAGUGCGGAUAAUGAAGUCGAUGCAACCGCUGCUACAGGACGCAUUCCACAAACGUUGCACGACACGACUCUGGGAUGCACCGUACACGAUACAGGGUCCUCUCACGUGGAGACAGUUCCAUCGGUUAGCUGGGCGCGGUACGGGUCAAUGUGAACCACAACCGAUACCAUCGCUAAUCGUAGGCUACGAGAAGGAUUGGCUUUCACUCGCUCCGUACGCAUUACACUACUGGGACAAACUGUUGCUUGAACCUUACUCAUAUCCGCGCGAUGUCGCAUACGUCGCAAUUGUUCCCGACAACGAUUACGUGGUGGCGAAGGUACGGACGUACUUCAAGGAACUCAGCACUACGUACGAAAUGUGUAAGCUCGGUCGUCACACACCUAUCAAGGGAUGGGACGGUAUAUUGCGCGUUGGAAGUCAGCGUGUGCUAAAGGAAACGCAAAAUUCAAAUCUGGACGAAUGGUUCACAAACAUGGGCGUUGAUCAGCAGCGCAAGAAUGGUAACGGUUCCUCGUCGUCGUCCGGGUUGAAUGAGCUGCUCCGUCUGUAUGCUCAGACGUGCCAGCAGCAGCUAGCACCGUACCUGUCGAAGGUACCGUCCGAUAAGAGUUUGCUUGACCCUCCGGAAAGUCAUCACCAUACUUCGUCGUCGUCCUCCGCUUCGGCUUCGGUUGCGGGCAGUGGAUCUGGAUCUUCAUCGCUUGGCGGGGGGUCCAUGAAUCAACCGGGAGGAAACGGUAUGGGCCAGAACCGAGGCGAUGGCCCUGGACAGAGCCCUAUGCCACCACCACCACCGAGCACACCGGAUUCAUCGCAACCCGGUGAUAAGGCUCCGAAUACACCUAAAUUUGAUCAUGACUCGGAUAACCGUGAUCAGUUGAAUACCUCCUCCGCCAGUCCUGCCGAUGGUAUGCGAAUCGACGACGAUGGUAAAGAUCCGCCCCAUAUCGUGCUGUACAUCGUGGAACCGUUCACGUGUGGUAAUGAUUCGCCGGAUGUGGAACGGUUGGCCUGCCUUUCGUUGCUUCGCUGCUAUUCAAACAUCCUUAACGCAGUCCCAGACUCGAUACGCAGUAACAUCAGUGUACAAAUUAUCUCGCUAGAAAGCAUUCUCGAACUCGGUCGAAACCGGAACCGAUUGCGUUUAAGCGAUCACAUGCGCUGCCUAGCGCUGAGUGUGUUCUCCCAGAGCCGCAAGUACCUCGCCCACAUGAACACGGUCAAAAGCUUGACCGGGUUCGGAACGGCCGCCAAUGCCGAACAGUUUAUGAAGCGCAAGGACGACAAGAACCGUGUCCCGUACCGACUCUACACACCACCGUACGUGUUGGCAAGGUCGUGCGAGAAGAGUGAAAACACGGAAUCGUUCGGCAAGACAAGCAUGAAGCAACAAUGCUCCAUCAUGUACUGUAGCUACUGUUUGAGCGAAGAUCAGAGCUGGCUGCUAGCGGUGGCGACCGAUGAUCGGGGCGAGUUCCUGGAAACGGUCACGAUCAACAUUGACAUUCCUAACCGAGGUCGACGGAAGCGUGCCUCAGCUCGUCGCUAUGGGCUGCAGAAGUUGAUGGACUUCAUCCUGGGACUAAUCUCACAGACGGUACAGCCGUGGCGUUUGGUCGUUGGCCGCAUCGGUCGUAUCGGGCACGGUGAGCUGAAGGGCUGGAGUUGGUUGCUGAGCAAACCGAACCUGCAGCGCGCAUCGAAACAUUUGAAGGACAUUUGUGAACAGUGUUCGCUGAUGCAUCCGAUCGCGGUACCGAGCAUACUGAGCGCUUGCUUAGUGACGCUCGAGCCGGACUCGGAUCUGCGCGUCAUGUCCGAUCAGUUUACGCCAGACGAACGGUUCAGUCAGCGGUCGAUGCAAUCUCCGCUCUCGACGCCACAGGAUGCGACCUGUACACACAUACUGGUGUUUCCGACUAGUGCUAAGGCACAGUCUGCCCAGGCGUCGUUCAGUGUGAUCGGAGAGCUGGAUUUGGGUGAGGACCUGAACAUGGUCAUCAUGGAUGGAGACGACGAUGAUGAUGGUAUUAACAUGAUGGAUGUGUUCAAGUGCUGGGAUGAUUUACCAAUGCAGCAGAUCAAUAUGCCCCAUUCACGACCAGGCAGCCCUUCCCAGUUUGAAGGCAACCAGCAAAGUCCGGGCGAAAGUGGCUCGAAAGGUGCUGGAUCGCGUGAUGGCUACGGCUCACAGGAUUCGGAAGAGGUCGGAUUGGUGUUACAACAACCGCUAGCUAUCGGUUACCUAGUAUCGACAGCUCCAACAGGUCGCAUGCCCGAUUGGUUUUGGUCGUCCUGUCCCCACAUGGAGAACGUGUGUCCAGUCUUUCUGCGUACGGCACUGCACUUACACAGUCCUACCAUCCUGCAGAAUACGGACGAUCCGUUACAGCAGAACCAAUCGUCUACCGAGCAUCCGCUUGAUUCCAACAUUACCGCCGAUGUGCUCCGAUACGUGCUCGAGGGAUACAACCUACUGUCCUGGUUGGCGAUGGACUCGAACACGCACGAUCGACUGUCCUGUUUGCCGAUACACGUGCAGGUGCUAAUGCAACUGUACCACAUGACGGCUGCAUUGGCGUAA